AUGGAAAACAAAGCAACGAUUCUGAUGCAAGGAUAUGAAGUUGGACGUUUACUUGGCCAAGGCAAUUUCGGCAAAGUUUAUCAUGCAAGGAACUUGAAAACAGGCCAAAGUGUUGCAAUCAAAGUGAUAAACAAAGAGAAGGUGAUGAGGGGGGGUAUGAAGGAUCAAAUCAAGCGUGAGAUCUCUGUGAUGCGUCUUGUGAAGCACCCCAACAUUGUGCAAGUCUAUGAGGUAAUGGCAAGUAAGACAAAGAUAUAUUUUGCAAUGGAGUGGGUGAAAGGUGGUGAGCUUUUUCAUAAAGUGUCCCAAGGAAGGCUUAGGGAAGAAAUGGCAAGGAAAUAUUUUCAGCAGCUGAUUGAUACUGUUGAUCACUGCCACAGUAGAGGGGUGUAUCACCGUGAUCUUAAACCAGAGAACCUUCUCCUUGAUGAAAAUGGGGACCUCAAAGUUUCAGACUUCGGUUUGAGUGCAUUGUUGGAAUCAAAGAAAAAAGAUGGCCUUCUUCACACAACAUGUGGGACUCCUGCUUAUGUAGCUCCUGAGGUGAUCAAGAAGAAAGGAUAUGAUGGUGCCAAAGCAGAUAUUUGGUCUUGUGGAGUGAUUCUUUAUGUUCUCUUGGCUGGUUUUCUUCCUUUCAAUGAUAAAAAUCUAGUGGAGAUGUACAAGAAGAUUAGCAAAGCAGAUUUCAAGUUCCCACGAUGGUUCUCCUCAGAUGUGAAAAGGCUUCUAUAUAGGAUCCUUGAUCCCAAUCCAAGGACAAGAAUUAGUAUUUCCAAGAUUGUGCAAAGCAAUUGGUUUAGAAAGGGGUAUAUGCAGAUUGAAGCACCAAGGUUGCCACCCUUGUCCCCUACAAAUGGUGAGGAUAUCUCAGAUGUUCAGGCUGCAUUUUCUUCAUCGGGUUUAGAUUCAGAUGACAGCUCGAAAUCAGAUAAUGAUCAAAGCCUCAUGAAGCCUUAUCAUUUUAAUGCAUUUGAUAUCAUAUCACUCUCUUCAGGACUUGAUCUUUCUGGCCUGUUUGAGAAAGAUAAUAAUGAAAGACAAGCAGCAAGAUUUACUACUAGAAAGCCACUUUCAAUCAUUUUGUCAAAACUUGAAGACGUAGCACAGGUAGAUGGUAGAUUCAAUGUCAUUAAGAAAAAUGGAAUUGUUAUAUUGAAGGAAAACAAAACACCGAUGAGAAACCAACUCAUUAUUGAAGCAGAAAUUUUUGAAGUGACGUCUUCCUUUCAUAUUGUUGAGGUGAAGAAAAUUGAUGGAGACACAUUGGCGUAUUGGAGAUUCUGGAACCGGUACUUGAAGCCUUCACUAAAUGAAAUAGUUUGGACUUGGCAAGGAUAUGAGCAACAACAAUUGUAG